AUGGCCGAUUUUAAUCCUUAAGAAAGAGUAAAGAAAAUGGUAAAUGCUAUUAAAGCAGAGGUGAAUAUUGAAUAAUUAUUUUAGGCUACAGAGAAAGCUGAAUAAAUUAAAGAUAUGGCUGCUUAAUAAUUCAGAAUUGAAAAAAAUAAGCUUCUUAAUCAAUAAAAAGAAAGGAUUAUAGAGGAAUAUAAAAAGAAAAUUGAAUCAUAUACUAUUGAAAAAAGAAUGUAAAAAUAUUGAAUCACCAUUUUUAGUUAACGAUCAUCAAAGAUCAACUAAUCAAGAUUAUCAAAGAUGCAAGCUCGUUUUGAGUUAAUUUAGAGACUUAAAGAAGAAGUUCGUUAGAAAAUGACCAAAUUAAUUUAAGAUUAAAGUGUAUAUAAAGAAUUAUUGAAAAAUUUGAUUGUGUAAGGAAUGAUUAAAUUAUUGGAACCUCGUAUUGAAUUGACAUGCUUAGAAUAAGAUGUUUAAUUAGUAAAAUCAAUUUUGGGAGAGUGUCAAGAGGAAUUUUCAUAGAUUAUUAAAAGAGAGACUACUAAAGACUUCAAAACAACACUUAGCAUCAAUCAAAGUCAAUAUUUAACUGAGAAAAGUGGGAAACCCAUGUACAAAAUAAAUUGAUUUUAGAUUGGGUGGAAUUGUACUUAGUUGUGCAAAUAAUCGAAUAGUAUGCUCAAACACUCUUGAUGAUAGAUUGGAACUCUCAUUGCAAGAGUUUUUGCCAGAUAUUAGAAAUGGUUUAUUUAGAAAAUGAU